AUGGAGAAAUCAGAAUAUGCUCUGUCGCAAUUUCCCUUGUACAAAGAAGUCACAGAGCGGCCACUAGGCUGGAAACGCUCAUCGAGAAUCCCAGAAUUACCAUCUCGAAACACAACAAAGAUCAAGAGAUGGAAUGGAGCCGCUGGGACCUUCUCAGACUGGGAUGGGCUCCGGAAAGAUCCCGAGCUAUAUUAUCCACAAGGCAAUUGUUGUGUUCAUCUUUAUGGACGAGGCCAAUCUCAAAGAGGUCCAGCUUUCAAAUUACCAAUUGAAGCUCUCAUGAAAACCGCUUGUCAGCCGUUGAUACACCGGUACUCAAACAAUAGAGAUGGAGACUUCAGCUGCGCAACAACUGAGCUGUAUAUCCCAGUCCCCUCAACCGCCGAAACGGGACAGGCAUUCUUAUACCACCUUGCAACACGGAAUUUAUUCGCUUGGGUCUUCGGAAGGCCUUUGGUGGGAACACAUCUAGGCGGUGCUCUCGUCGGUCUCCUAAAUAGCUUGAACGAGUUUAGGUCCGAAGGCCAGGAUAAUCUGCAGGCGAUUAUUGACUAUAUGGAUGAGGAAAGAUAUGCAAAUAUGAGGAAUCAGCCCGAUCAUGCUCUUGCAAUCCUCUUCUUUGCAGAACAUUUUCAAUUCAAGGAUCUGUGGAUCGAUGCCUUCGCACAUUGCGUCGGUAUGAACGAGAAACUGUUCAGUAGACCCGGCUUCGAGCUCAUAAGCAGGACUUCCCGUGCACUUAUUACUCGAUCGAGACUCGAAAUGGACAUACGAUUAGAUCGCUGUGGUAUAACUCUUGGAAACUUCCUUGAAGACGACUUGUCCAAUGCUCAUCUUGGACUUUCAACUGGAGAGCGAGCUCACCUCGACAAAUUCCGAUCAUUCUUGCAAUCUUACCUUGUGGCUAAAUUGGGCUACUAUCCACCUUCUUGCGAUACCAUAAACUCUUCGUUCUCGAAAAGCAUAUAUAGUGAAAUGUGUAGCGAAUUCCAAUCACUCUACAACUUCCUCGCCAAUACUUCGAUUACUUCUUCAGAUCCAAUGCCUCUCUCACAGCAAGGAGGCCUUUGCGUUUCGAAGAGCGUGAAAUCUUUCGACCAAAGAAAUAAAUACAAGCCACUGCUACACCCAGUACCUCUUCUGCCAGAGACCCGGGAAUCAAAGCCCGCAAUCAACAAGCGCUUUACCUGGAAUUUGAAGGCAGACAAAAUGAAACCGGAUGGACGUCUGGUCGCAUUCGCUGAGCUAUGCAAAGCCACCGACCACAAAAACCUUGCGUUAUACGACUGCAGUUUAGUACGAGAAUAUUGUGAUUUCGAGAAGGACUGCAUCUUCUCGCCUUCUAAGAUGGAUAAGGAUGAUAAGCUGCCUCAGACAGAUGCCCGCAAGGUCCGCUGGAUCCUGAUCUACACGAUUCUACAGACCCUACUCUCGGCAACCAAAGUGCCUGAGCAGGUUCAUGACUCCCAUGAGGUGUCCUACAACCUCUGCAUAUUGACUGCUGGUUGUCCACCGUGGAAGGAAAAGCGGCCGGUUGAAUCCUUCCUUCAAACGCAGGCAGAACAGACUGAGGAGGACUUCGUCGCCCGAAAUAGAGCAGAGGAAAGCAAGUUGGUGAACGGCAUCAAACCAGACACUGGCUACGCCGCUACCACACAAGAGCCACAAUUGUCUGGCGUAAAGAACGCGAGCAUUCUCAAUAUCUCGUCUAGGAAAGGACAUGUAAAAAAGGCGUUGAGUUUAUUGGGCAAUAUGCCCGAACUUCACCACCCUCGUCCAAAUCAUGCUUCAUACCAAGACGUUUUAGUCCAGGGAUAUGGAAACGGCACAAACAUCACGAAUGCUCCUACUGAAGAACCUAGCAAGAAUUCUCUCGACUCUGCGUCUUCAGUUGCGGAAGAUAUAUCAUCGAGAUGGUCUGAGAGCUCUGAUGAGAUAAAGGAGCCUGCAAGUCCUACAACAAGUAUUGCCUCGGAUUACAGUAGGAGAGACUCAACUGGAUCUUUCACCACUAGGAAACCUACCAGCGAUAAGUUGAAUAGACCUAUGAGUACGCUUGGCAUUAGGAAGAAACCCAGUACUGUGUACCCCAUCAGUGCGCUGGGAGGUGAAUCGCCGUUGGAGCCACGUCCUCUCCAAGUACGCAAGAGGUCAGAGAACCAUUACAUGACAGUCACCAAAGCUGUGACCGUUCAAUGGGAGGACGGUGUUGAUGGUGAAGCGAACGAUGAGUUGAAAGCUUACCUGAAAGCUUAA